AUGGUGAAGAUUAGACUGGAAACUGAUGUUCAAAUAUUAGAACAACAGUUACAACAGAUGAGAGCUACAUAUCAACUCAAUCAAGAAAAACUAGAAUAUAAUUUCCAAGUUUUAAAGAAACGAGACGAAGAAAAUGCUAUCACUAAAGCCCAGCAGAAAAGAAAAAUAACCAGAAUGCAGGAUGUUUUAAAUAGUUUAAGAAUCAAGUUAACAAAACAAGAGAAACAAUAUCGUGAUGAAAAUACACAGCUUACUGAAGACUAUAAAAGAAUUGCUGAACAGUUCCGUGAUUUACAGAAAAAAUCUAAACAUUUCAUGGCAACUGAUGCUAAGAAAUUUGCUGAUGUUUGGUGUAUGAAUGAAGAAGAAUGUAAAGAAAUGUUAAAUUCUGUUUUACAAUGUGAUGAAGUUAUACAUCAACAACAGUUAGGUCUGAAUUGGGAGACUCCUGAUAUAUCAUUCACAGAAAAUGUUGGUCCUCUUCAGUUAACAGAAGAACAUAAGAGUGGUGUUUCUGCUACCCAGGUAUUACAUGAAAUAAUGUCACAAACUGGUAGUCAAGCUGUUGAAGAAGCACCAGAUGAUGAAAAUGAAGAGAAACCAAAAGCUAACAUUUUCUCCAAAAUCUCAGCCCAUACAGUCAAAUCAGUGUUAGAAUUACUUUGUGAUGAAUCUGGAUUUUUAGUUGAGAAAAAGUUACAGAAAUUAUUGGCACCAUUAGAACAGGAUGAACAGUCCUUGAUGAAAUUAGAUGCCAUAUUUACAGCUCUGGGUGUAGAAUCAGAGGAAGAUAUCCAUAAAUUGACAACUUAUUUCAUGCAUCUGGUAGAGCGAUUGGAGAAAGAUGAAGAGAAUAUAAAAGAUGAAGGAACAGAAAAAGAAUUGGAGGAAGGAUCAACACAAGGUAAAGAGGAUGUGGAUGCAGAAAUUGAACAUUUAACAUCACAAGAAGAAGAUAAAAGAGAACAGGCAUCUAAAGAAUCUAUUCAACUCAUCCAUCCUAAUGAAGUAAUGAAAGCAUUGAGAGCAUUUGUAGAUGAUCAUCGUAAACCAACUAAAGAAAAAGGUCACAAGUCUCAGUUCCGUAUAGCAGAAUUAGAAUAUAGAGAUCCAUCAGAAGACUCUGAAUAUUGGGCUAAAUACACUGGUACAUUAAAUGGAGUAAAAGAACGAGUCUGGGAUGGUCUUAUUGAAGGUUUAGAUAAAUACAAUGAAACCUUACAGAGUAGAAGUAAUUUAAUAUUAGAAACAGAUGCAUUACGACAACAGAAUGCUGAAUUAAGAAUGUUGUUACAUCAAUAUGUGAACUCUAAAGUUAAUACUGAACUAGAAAUUCCUCCAACUCGUGUCUUACAAUUAGAAAUGAAUCCCCAGUAUUAACAAUCAUGUGAAUCUAUUUGCCAGCAUUAUUUAUGUCUUAUUAUUCUGUGAUAUGUGAUUUUAAUAUUGUUUAUUGUCUUGUUAAAUUAUGUGAAUAAUAUCUAAGAAGUAUUUUUAUAAUAUACUUCUAUCAAGAUUUAU